AUGAUGAGAAAAAAUUCGCUGGAAGAAAUUGUGAGUCAAUUAAUUCAGUUUUUACUCGGGAAAAACUGAACUUUAACCUCUAUUCCAGAAUCCAAAAAAUGCGAAAAUAAAAAAGAAAGAACAUCAAGCAGUUUCGCCAAUUCGAACAACCAAAAAAUCAAGUAUCAAAAGACAAUUAUCACCAAAACCUGGAAAAACCGAAGUUCGGAGAAAUGAGGAGAAUCCGCAGCCGAGAAGAUCAUUAGAACUCGAGGAAAAAGCUGAGAAAAUGUCAGAUCCAGGAGAAAAAGGAGAGAAAAAAGAUGAAUCACAAGUUCAACAAGUGAAAAAUAAUGAAGAAAAUGUAGGUUUUUGGCCAGAAAAUAACGAAAACUCAAAUAUCAAUUUUCAGGCUCCGGAUCCCUCAUAUCCUCCAAAUCGCGAUAAAAACAUCAAGGAAAAAGAUCGAAAAGCUGGUUUCGAUUAUAUAAUUGUAAAUAUUCCAAAUAAACCCGGAACAAAAUUUGGAUUAGCUAUCAAAAAUGUUUCCAAAACUAUUUUUGUGCAAAAAGUUGAGGAUAGUAGGUUAUCUCAUCUCUUUUUUCCAACUUCAAUCCAUUUUUACAGAUUCAAUAGUUGGUGGAUUAUUAUUGGUAUCCGAUCGAAUAAUCGAUAUUGAAGGAAUAAAAGUUGAGGAUAAUUUGACGUGUAAAAAUAUAAUAGUAAAAGCAUUGAAAGAAAAAGGCGGAGCUAGUUUAUUGAUUGAAAGACCUUUGACUGAAAAUGCGAAGAAAAUGGCGAUGGAUGAAAUGAAUGAAGAAUAUAAUCAAUCAAUUAUUGUUACACAAGAUGUUCGGGAUAUUAUGAAGAAAAUGGAACAGAAAAUACAGGAUAAACCUGUGGUGAGAAUGACUUUCUAGGCAUUUAGAGGAAACAAAAACUGUUUCUGGACCUUGAAGACGUCUCUGAAUUUUUUGGAGCUCACAAAAAAUUCUAGAAAUUUCAGCUCUUAUUAAUUUUCAGACAAGCGCUCUCAAAACAACAAACACUCCUCCUCAAUCCGACAGAAGACCAAUAAUAUUAGAAGAAGGACAUAAAUCAAUAAUGAUUGAAAUGGACGACGAGGAAAAUGCAACGAAAUUGCAUAAAGUUGUUCGAGCAUCAAAUUAUCAAUAA